AACCAAACUUUUCUGCAUGUCACUGGAAAGAUUCAGCUGGGAAGAUUCCAAAUGCGAAGCCGUGAUGUCCGCCUCACAGAUAGUUUCCUUGCUGAUCUAAACUCUCUGCCAGAUGAAUAUGAAAAGGGGGAGUAUUUCAAAUUCUUAGAAGAUUACGGAACUCACUAUGCACUCUCUGGAACUGUAGGAGGAAAAUACGAACUUAUAUACGUGCUGGAUAAUCAUGCUAUGUCUAAACUAGGUUUAACUGUAGAAGAUGUGAAAAAAUGCCUUGGCUAUCACUUAGAUGUUGGUGUUACGUAUAAAGGCAUAAAAGCUGGUGGCGAUAUUGAUGGUCAUAAAUGUAGCAAGCUUCAUUCAGAUGAAGGAUCAAAAGAGAAUGAUGGUGCUAUCAUUGAUGAUGUUGUGUCCUUGGUUGAAGGGGGGCAGAUUGACUUUGCAAUCAAAAUAAAAGAAAUGUUACUAAAAGGAUCCAAAGUGGUUGAUGUAGAGGAUUAUGUACAGUGGGCUAAGUCUUUGGUUGAUGCUCCAGUAGUGAUACAGCAACGGCCUUCUCCAAUACACACACUUGUUCCAGUUAAGAUGAGAAAUGCAUUUUUAAAGAAACAAAAUUUGGAAAGAGCAAUUGAAGACUACAUUACUGAAUACAGUGUGUGCAAAUGUGAACCCUGCAAAAAUGGAGGCACCCCUGUGCUGGUAGAUGGAGUGUGUUCAUGCUUGUGCUCAAUCCAUUUUAAGGGAAUUGCAUGUCAGAUUCCCAAAUCUACAUUAAUUAAAGAAGUGACUGAUGGAGGCUGGAGUUGUUGGAGUGCCUGGUCCACUUGCAUCAAUGGAGAAAGAACUCGAACUCGUCAGUGUAAUAAUCCUGUACCAGAACAUGAUGGCAGACGAUGCCAGGGAGAAAGCAUUGAAAAACAACCCUGUUAA